CGUGCAAUCCACAAGUUUCGCCUUUGACCGUAUUCAUUGUUUCUGCUUCCUCUUUCUCCGUGACGCUCUUUCAGUACUGUGUACGAUCUGCGAAAUCUCUCAGCUCAGCCACCGUCCUUGCCUCUUUCGACGGUUCUUCAGGGGAUUUCCUUUUCCCUCCUGAGUUCUCAACUACCGUUGACGGAUCGAAUUUGUGGCGAUCUGUUUGUGGAUAAGGUUGGAACAGCAUGCGGUGGUGUCUGAGUCUAUCAGUUGAUGUUUUUCGCAAAGUCAUUUCAUUGAACUUGUACUGUAAAGUUAUUCUGUAAAUCCUUUCCGAUCGUAGAUCGAUCAUUCUCUUCCCCGUCAUCCUGAAUCAGUUGCCAUCCAUGGGAUCCAAUUUUCUCGUUGUAGUUCCUUGUUAUGUCCUCCAGAUUAGUUGAAAUUUUCAUCCGUUUCUUACCAUUYCAGUUGGCUAUCUAAUCCCGUCGUUUUCCUCAAGAAAUCCAGUUUAGUUUUCCAAUUUCCGUUUCAGUCUUCUUUAUUCAAUUAAGCGUGAAGAAGGUGCUUCGUUUAGUUGGCCGUGAAUCUCAUUCGAUAGUGGUGGACGAAUCUUUUUGAUUUGCAUAAUACGGAGACUGUUAGAUAUUCCUCUCUGAACAAUUGUGCCAUUUUCCCCGUAUUGAAGGGCUAGGGUAGUAGUUAUGGUGUGCCAAGCAGCUACUCAAACAAGAUUUCGAGCAUUGAAACACGAAAAUGGGAUUGCUGGAAGUACCACCAUAAUCGUCAGAGUCAUAGCAUGCUUUCAACCUCUACAGGAUUGUCAGGCUGAGUAUUUCCGUCACUUGCUGAAACCAGUCACGUAGAUAUAUUCUGUAGUUUUCGUUCAUAUUAAGCUGGCGUCUUUUGUUAUUUUUCUUGAUCCUGAGAGAUACGGAAACUGCAAUCACUAGUUUACUACGCCCUCUUUCUGGUAAAUUGAUUUGAUUGGAUGGGAGAAGCUUGGGGAGCCGGACAUCGUCCUCAGCUUCAUUUUGAUUGGAAACCAUCUCUGCUAGAUUCUUUCGGUAUUCCACCAAACCUGGACCAACCUAAUCCCAUUGCUUCAAGUAUUAGCAACAAUAUGGUCAUGACGAAUGGAACUUUUCCAGUAAACUCUGCAUUGAAGGUUCCUCAACCGCAGGUAGGCCUAGUAAAUGAACCACGUAAUUGGUUUCAUUGCUUGGCACCUUUAGAGCAAGCUUUUUUGCCUGUCAAAUGUCCUACUUUCAAGGAUAAACUAGCGGUUUUAUCUAAAGGACUUUCAAACGAGGCUGUUGCACCUCUUUCUGGUUCUGGAACUCAGAACAAAGGGUUUCUUGUCAUUGAUCAGUCUGCCGAUAAAACAACUUUGGUUUUAUGUUCUGGGGGUGGUGGCCCUCUCCAGCUACUUACUUCAUGGAGUCCACAACCUACAGCUGCCAAUCAAUUUAAUGGACAAGACAUUGGAAAUAAACGAGAUUUCAUUUAUGACUCGAAACUAGUUUUGUCAAAUGAUUUUGUUGAGAACCAUGAGACUGACGAGCACAGUGAGAUGCAAGAAGACACAGAAGAGCUCAAUGCCCUCCUAUACUCAGAUGACGAGAGUGAAUUUGAUGAGGAUGAUGAAGUUACUAGCACUGGUCACUCACCGAGUGCAAUGACAACUAAAGAUGAACAUUAUGCAUGUGACGAAAAUAAUGAAGAAGUUGCUAGUUCAGCAGGUUCAUCCAAGAAACGGAAGAUUGAUGGAGGUUAUAAUGUAACGUCCUUAAUGGACACUGCGAGUUCACUGAUGCCUAGAGGAUCCCCAGAGUAUGAGGAGGAUGCCGAAUCUAGUUGUGGAAAUGAAGGAAGUCGUCAGGAUAUGCAGGACGUGGAUUCCUCAUGUAUCAACAAAAGGAUGAGAAAAGAGAAAAUACGCGAAACUGUUGGCAUUCUCCAGAGUUUAAUUCCUGGCGGGAAAGGCAAAGAGGCGAUUGUUGUACUAGAAGAGGCAAUUCAGUACUUGAAAUCCUUGAGGCUGAAAGCUGGGGCAUUUGGUCGGAAUGCAUGCUGACGACAUGUAUGAAAAUGGGAGGGGGAGUUGAGUUAUAGUAUUUUCUAUUUUACAUGUUUAUUUUGAUCAGAAAACAAUGGUGGACCAUGGCGAAUAAGUUGGGGAACUCAUGCAUUAGUUAUGGACAAAUGCUAGUCCAAUUUCCAGAUAGAUGUGAGUUGUGGAUAUCGUAGGUGGGAAGUUUGAAGAAUUCCUAAGCCUUUMUCCAAUGAUUAGAAAUCAGCAACUUUGGCUCAGUGAAAUCUUCUUUUAACGAAAGAGGGUGGUGGUAGUGCAAUGUAAGAUGUCUUUAAAAGUGGAGAAGAAUGAUUAGUCUACUCUUAUUAUGAAAAGAGGGCAACACCCCCACCUGAACCAAGUGGGAAUGGCUUUGUUGAAGCGAGUAGAGUAUUGGUGGGGUUCAAAAGAGGUCCCAAAUAAAGCAGUGCACGCCCGGCCCCAACCUUCACUUUCUUAAUCUUAACCCUCUCUGCUUUUUGCAUCAGAAGUUUUCCCCUCUUGUGGUGGAGUUUACUCAAAUUUGCAGGUAAUCAAGCAGUCAAAGCUUCCACUUUCCGCCAACCGCUGGGAUUUUAUUUGUUGCAGAAAUUGGUAGCGAAAGGAGCUGUAGGUGAGAACUGUAGCCAAAUUAGCGCAGCAGUAGUGGGUUUGGUUGUGAGUUAUUAUUAGGUUGGGAUCCAGAAUUUAAUUUGGUAUUGGUUGUCUUUAUGCCUGWGUAGUAGCGUCGCAAGCAAGCAUUUAUGAUAAUGAGAGCGACGGGUUUGCUAAUUGUUUUUGGCUGCAAGUGUAGAGAGAGGAAAAGAAAAAAAAAAAUGCUGUUUGUGUUGGAGAAGGAGAUGAUGAUGUGUACUAGUGGGGACCACCACGAGGGGGAGUUUGUGCAUUAUUAAGGGGAGGGAGGAUAAUGGCAUCUGAAUCUGCAUGUGAUGUGGCACGCGUGUGAGAUUUCAGUGGUUGCUGAUCUCUGGUGAUGAUUGUGAUGCUUUUGGGUUGGUUUUUCGUUCACCUGCCUUGCCUUUUUCAUGUCAAACUUAUGAACUGCACCCUCCUCUUUCUUAUUUUACUUGUGCUGUAAAUUUUAUUUGUUGUGUUCUCUGCAUAUCGGUUUGAACAUGGUUGUGGAAUUUUGUAGUCUGCGAAUCGUAUGUAUAAAGUUUUGUUAAUGGAAUCGGUAGGCGUAGGAAUUUUUAGAUUUGAUGAAAUUCGUAGGGGUUGUAGUUGGAGUUUCUGCUGCCCAGAAUGCAAGCCAUGUGUUGCAGUA